ACUUAUUCUUAAAGCUUGGCCCGGCAAAACUUAUGGCCUGCAAUAAUUAUUCUUUAUUUUCUCCUUUGGAGUCCCUAGCAAGCUUUUCCUUGGGCUCUUUCGAAUAUAUAUAUGCGUGCACACGUUGAACUUGUAAUAACUUUUGACAGGAGGAAAAGAACAGGAGAGAACGGAAAUGGAUAUCACCAGAACACUGCCGGAAGAAUGUAUCGCCAAGAUAAUUUCCGGCACAUCCCCUCGGGACGCAUGUAGGUUGUCGCUGGUCUCCCGUGCCUUCGGAGCCGCUGCAACUUCGAAUCUCGUGUGGGAGAGGUUUCUGCCACCUGAUUAUCAAGAGAUCAUUUCUUCGUCGUCAUCAUCGUCGGCAUCCUUGAACAUGUUGACUAAGAAGAAUCUUUAUUUCCAUCUUUGCGACAAUCCAAUUCUGAUCGGAAACAGUAACAACAUGAGUUUCCAAAUAGAUAAACUGAGUGGGAAGAAAUGUUUGAUGCUGGCUGCGAGGGAGUUAAGCAUAGCAUGGGGAUCAGGAGACACUCCACAAUACUGGGAUUGGACUUCCUCAACUCAGUCACCGGUUCUACCCAAGUCUAGAUUCUCGGAAGUAGCUCAUCUUAGAAGUGUUUGUUGGCUUGAAAUAAAAGGCAGAAUUGAGACAAAAAUCCUUUCCCCAAAAACAAAAUAUGGGGCAUACUUUAUCUACUCCAUGGUGGAUGGUUGCUAUGGGUUUCAAAUCCCUGUGAAAGUAUCCAUUAGACUGGAAAACGAGGUGGAAGGAGGUGAUGCUACCAAUGCUUAUUUGAAUCCAAGAAUAUGGUCAGGUACACAUGAUCGACAACAAUCAAAUGAGGAAUUAUUACAAAUUAACCGACAGGAUGGUCGACUUCCAAUCAAGAGAGAGGAUAUGUGGAUGGAGAUUGAGAUUGGAGAAUUCUUCAAUGGCAGCCAAGUUGAUGAUCAUGGUGUGGUCGAGAUGUGCUUGAAGGAGGUUCAAGUCCUUAACUGGAAGUCUGGCCUUGUGGUCCAUGGCAUUGAGCUUCGGCCAAAAGAAGAAAGCUAAUUAGUAAGAGAUUGGUACCUAUUUUCUUUCUGAGCAAGUACAUUUGCAGUGAGACCUGAGAGCAACGUUUUGAGGGUUGGACUUGGACUAUAUAUAUAUAUGCAUGUAUUGUGAAUACGUCGCAUGCAUUGUGUUAUAUAUUGGGAUUGUUACUGAGGGAAACUAUGGUUAUAUGAACCCUUAUAUUCUACAAGGGAGGAAUUACUUCA